AUGCGUGUCAGCCUGUGCCUGCGCCACCGGCUAGUUUAAAACCAGAGCUGCCACUGCACCCACCCUCACUUUCUCUCUUUCUCGUCUUGCUUCCUCAUCUCUUCUUCCUCCUGCCGGCCUCACUCUCGGCUGGCUGGCUCUUCUUGCUUUGCCACGAGCGGUUACCACGAAGAAGAAGGCAGAACCUAACCUUGGAGUUGGAGAUGUCGACAAUCAUCAUGAGAGUCGACCUUGACUGCGACCGAUGCUACAAGAAGAUCAGAAAGGUCCUCUGCAAGCUCCAAGACAGAGAAAACAUCAAGAUGAUCUCGUACGACGAGAAGAGCAACACGGUGACGGUGUCCGGCUCGUUCGACGCCGAGGAGGUCGCCGACAGGCUCUGCUCCGAUGCUGGCAAGGUCAUCACCGACGUACAAGUCGCCAGAGGGAACCAGAUGAAGCCCGGCGCCAAGGUGGCGCCCAAGCAGCACGGCAAGGAGGGCCACGGCUACGGCGACGGCCCCGGCCCCCAAGCGCACGGUCACGGCGGCAAGCCGGAGAAGACCAAGCACGUCAAGUUCGGCAUGGACGACGACGGACGAAUCGAUCGGCACGGCCCUGGCCCGCAAGCGCACGGUCACGGCGGCAAGCCGGAGAAGACCAAGCACGUCCAGUUCGGCAUGGAGGACGACGAACGAAUCGAUCGGCGCGGCCACCACGACCAAGGCCACGGACAUGGACACGGCAACGGCCACGGCGGCAAGCCGAAGGUGGUAACUACCACGGCGAUGUCACGGAAUGAGGCCCCGCGCGCCCAGCAGCCGGCGUCCAUGACGGCCAUGGCGCCGAUGCGGAUGCCGACGCCGGCGCCUAGCAUGACGAUGAUGCCGCAGGCGAUGGCCACGCCGUCCAUCUGGCCGGCCGCCCCUGGGUGGGGGUACAGCGCACCCGCAUACGGACACGGGUACGCCGGAGGGGCACCUGCCGGCGGGUACUACGGCGGGCCCGUGUAUGACCACGGCGCGUACGGGGCGUACGUCGGAGGGUACGGCAGGAAUCCGUACCAGCCGCAGUGCUACGAGGAGGAGCCUAGUGCUGGGUGCAGCGUCAUGUGAUGAGCUGAACACGCACACGGAGCGCACAUCAAAACCUUGCUCGCUUGCUCAGUUUGUGCCUGUCACGUUGGUGUGUGUGGUGUGAAACGAUAGGCGGCAAGUAGAUACGUUAACUCUUUCUGUGUAUACCACGCAUUGUAUCUACUCUGUAGUCUUCCCCUAACUUGUUGUAACAACCUAUAUAAUCCUAUUCUGUAAUCUUCCCCUAACUUGUUGUAACAACCUAUAUAAUCCUACUCUGUAAUCUUCCCCUUCUUUUUUUUGCGA